AUGACAUCUCACGAUACCCUGAAGGCGACUUUCGCCCGUCGCGCCGAAUCGGCUGGUCACCCGCUCACGGCUUACCUGCUCCGCUUGAUGGAUUUGAAGGCGUCCAACCUGUGCCUCAGUGCCGACGUUGCGACUGCAAGAGAAUUGCUCUACCUGGCCGACAAGGUCGGCCCUUCCAUCGUCGUGCUGAAGACGCACCAUGACAUCGUCGCUGGGUGGGAUUACAACCCGCAGACCGGCACCGGUGCCAAGCUCGCCGCGAUAGCCCGUAAACAUGGUUUCCUCAUUUUCGAGGACCGCAAGUUCGGAGACAUUGGCAAUACGGUCCAGAUGCAAUACGUUGCUGGCUCGGCACGAAUAAUCGAGUGGGCUCACAUUACCAACGUCAACAUGGUACCGGGCAAGGCCGCAGUUACAGCUCUGGCCGAGGCCGCAGCACGCUGGCGCGAACGAUACCCCUACGAAGUGAAAACGUCGGUCACGGUCGGAACGCCAAGGUCGGAGAGCUUCGAUGACUACGAGGACAGCGGAGACGGUCACGAACACACGAUUGGCACGCCGCGGCCAUCCGAUGUCAACGGACGCAAGGGUAGCAUUGUGUCCAUCACGACCCUGACCCAACACUUCGAGCCGGCCCCUUCUCCUCGCUUCCCGAGAAACGAGUCCCACAGCUCCGACGAGGUCUUGUACGCGGGUAUCGAGGAGGCACCCAUGGAUCGCGGUCUGCUCAUCUUGGCGCAGAUGUCGAGCGCCGGCAACUUCAUGAACAAGGAAUAUACCCAGGCUUGCGUCGAAGCCGCGAGGGAGAACAAGGACUUCGUCAUGGGGUUCGUGUCCCAAGAGAGCCUCAACACGGAACCGGAAGAUUCCUUCAUCCACAUGACGCCUGGCUGCCAACUGCCGCCGGAGGGCGAUGAAGAGAACGGCGGCGUCGCAGGAGACGGAAAGGGGCAGCAGUACAACACGCCUCAGAAGCUCGUCGAGCUCGCGGGUACCGAUAUUGUCAUCGUCGGACGUGGUAUCCUAAAGGCCGGUGAUCCUCAAUCGGAGGCUGAGAGAUACCGCAGGAAGGCCUGGAAGGCGUAUCUCUCCCGGGUAGCGUAG